AUGGGCAACUGUGUACCAACCGCGCAUCGUUACUUUCGGCUUACUCGACGUAGGCGAGUCAGAAAAGACUCGCCUAUGAGGGUAGCUGAACCUGUGGAAGCAGGAGAAGGGACCACAAACAGCGCACACGAUGAAGAGAUAGGGCAAGUGAGAAAUAGAAUAGACCAAGUGGCUACGAAUGAGAAUUCAGUGGAGGAGAAGGAGGUAGAAGAGGAGAUCGAAGGUAGAGAAGACACCGACACCGACGCCGACACCGAAUGCUCCUCUAGCUUCGGCGAAUUUCCAUCGUUCGAAAGCCUGUGUGAAGAGUAUGCAGAGUCGGAGCAGACCAAGAAUAGAAUAGAAGAGGAGAAUACUAGUGAGAAGGCAGUGCAGAAGGCAGUAGAAGAUGAGAAUGGGAUUGAGAGUAGAGAUUAUGAAUAUGAAUAUGAAUACGAAUGCGAAUAUGAAGAUAGCGAGUGCUCAUCUAGCAUUCUCCGUCUUCUUAUUCAGUUCAAACAACCAGUUGAGAAACCAUCAAUUUAA